GAUCAAUAGAUGGCUAACACAAACGAUCCGAGAUUUCGUGUUUUAGAACGUAAAUACUUCUUGUUCAUCAAUAAAUUGUGAGUCUAUUGUUAAAUUGUAGCUUUUAAAAUAAUUAAUUAAUCUAACGUUACGGGAAAUUAACAAAAUAAAUGUGAUUUUAAAGUGGAGGGGCGAGGUAGAUGAUCGCGACGUUUUUAAGGUGCCGCUGUCAUAUUUAUUGUGCGAUGUUGCUUAUUUCCUGUCGUUGAAAUGUCAUUAAGAUUUUUAAUAAGCAAGAAGAGGACUUUCCCCUAUGAAACAAAAAUGAGAAGCUGUGUAGUGCAAAAGAAAGAUAACUCGCAAAAAAGACUUUUCGAAGAAAUAGUGAACGGUAAUUACCCUUCGCGGGCCGUGAACAAGAUGAACGGGAAUACCUUGGAAAACUUUGUUUUGCGUCUUGUAGAAUUUACAUCUGUGAAGAUGGGCGCGAAAUCUAAAAGUGAUCUUGAACUAUUGAAUUGGUGGCCCUGGCCCGGUGACGUAUCCAAUUACAAAUCUAACAAGAAGGACAAGGACUUUCGGGGAAAUUUGAAAAAGGUCGUAAUAGACUGUUGUGCACUCUUCAGAGGCUUCAAUGAAAAAUGGCUUCCUCGAGCUCUUCCGUGGGUAAACGACGAAAAUUUCGAUAUCGUGCAAGUCAAGGCCGAGAAAAGAAAAGCUAAAGUUCCUCAGGAAGUACCACCGAAUAAGAAACGAAAAACUUUACUGCCUACAAUUACAAAAGAGGUGACCUCGGAACCUUACAUAAGUAUAUCCAGAUAUAACUCGCAGGAAGUAACAAGUCCGAAACCCGUAAACCAAACCGAAUUCCUCAACUAUUUCGAACUUAGUUUAAACAACAAUGAUAUCCCGAAAGCUACCCAAGUGCCAAACAACUCAAGAGUCAUCAGGCUACAAAACUGUCCGCACGUUCCAUUCUCGUCCAACGUCGGUCAACUCUUAAUGAAAAAGGAAAAUUGUUCUGUACCGGAUAAUGUGACCGAACGAAAAAUCGAUAGGAUUGAAUGGUACAUCAACAGAGAAUCUCCAAAUCCAAAGACUGUCCAAAAUCUCAAUUACGAAACUAGUUACGUGCCUAACAAGAACUAUACCGAACAUGAUUUCAGAUUCCCUAAACGACAGUACCAUCAAGUGCUUGGCAACAGACACUAUACCAAAUACAUUUACGGGAUCUGCAAACCCCUAGAUAUCGAUGUCGAAAAUGAUGAUCUUGUAGAACUUAAGGCGAAAUACGAUAAAUUAAAAAUGAAAGUGAAAGUGAACAAAUUGUCCGCUAAACAACUCAAAAAGUACGUGUGUAAAGAAGCUAAAAUUGUGAUAGAAAAAAAGAAAAUUAAUACAAAAUCGGAUGAACUUUUCUCCAAAGUUGCUAAGGUUACUUUGAGGAACAAGCAAGUGUCCAAGAACGCGAAAAUCGUUUUAGAAAGAUCGAAUUUAAAAAAUGCGAAAACGAAAAAUUCCGCCACAAGAAAACGAAGGUAAUAUAAGGUUUGUUGCGGGUUCUGUAUGUAGAAUUUUACGUAUGGAUAUCUUGAGUGUACAGGUUGACUAAAAAGUCUGACAGAACGCUUAAAUUUUAGAGACUAAAAUAUGAG